AUGGAGAACUCAACUCAGAUUAAGUCAUUUGUGUUGGCUAUGUAUGGUAACAUGGGACCCUUAAAGUACUUGUUUUUCACUGUGGCAUUGCUAUUUUACACAUCAGUUAUUUUGGCCAACACAGUUCUUAUUGUCAUUAUUUAUGUUGACAGAAAUCUGCAUGAGCCGAUGUAUAUAUUCCUGUGUAAUUUGUUUGUUAAUGAAAUAUAUGGCAGCACGUCUAUGUUGCCUUGCUUGAUGCAUCAAUUGUUGUUGGACACUCAUGAAAUUUCUGUCCAAUUCUGUUUCCUUCAAAUAUUUAACAUUCAUACGUAUGUAGCUGUUGAAUUUGGAACGUUAACAAUAAUGGCAUAUGACAGAUUUAUAUGUAUCUGUAAGCCUUUACAUUACAAUGCCAUAAUAACUAAACAAAUAGUAUUAAAGGUAAUUAUUAUUAUUUGGAUAGUUUCCUUUGUAGAGGUUGGAGUUUUACUGUCAUUCACUAUUCGUUUAAAGCGUUGUGGGACUGUCAUCCACGAGGUUUUUUGCGCACACCACCUUGUAGUGGAACUUUCUUGUUCACCAGACAGAACAGUGUCACUUAUUCAUGAUCUGGUGUUUGGCCUUUUUUUCACUGUUGCUGCUCCUGUCACUUAUAUUUCAUUCACUUAUGUCAAAAUUUUGGCUGUGUGUUUAAAAGGUUCCAAAGAGACCAAAGUGAAGGCUGUUGACACCUGCACUCCACAUUUAGUUUCACUCAUUAGUUCUGUCUUUGCCUGUUUUUAUAUUCUGAUCACUCAGAGAUUUGACAUGUUCUCUGUCCCAUAUCCACUGAGUGUUGUCUUGUCAAUGUAUAUAGUGAUUGUUCAGCCUCUUCAAAAUCCAAUCAUGUAUGGGCUUAAACUGUCAAAAAUUAGACAAGCUUGUAAACAUUUGUUGACAUUAAAAUCAUUGCAACUCUACAUUUUCCUGCAGCGUAUUUACAUUCUCGCGUCCAUUAUUAAUAAAAAUAAUACAGCACAGUUUAUAUUGUAGCAAUAUUUUUGUUGUCAUUGCUUUACAUAUAAAA